AGUUGAGGACUCAGUGUCAAUUCUCUCUUGUGAUAUGACAAUGGAGCAAACACGUAGCAACAUAAAUAUAUCUGGAUUAUCUUUCUGUCUUAGAAUUAUCCUCAGUGAUGUUGCAUUUAAUGGUUUCUUCUCAAUUUUAUUUUUUUGUUCCCGGUCUCUGUGGAAUUGGGCCUUCCAAAUUUGGAAACGUGAAUGGCCCAAGCCCAGAAGCUACUCAAAUGGUGAACCAGCGAGUGGUGCAAGAGUGUACAAAGAAGAAGUGGUUGAGAUUAUGAAAAAACUGGGAAUAAGUGUUGAAGUAGAAGGUGGUAGAAUAGGGGACUUUGGUGAACAAGAAAUUAGUGACAUGUUUGAAAAUGAGGUUGUUAGCGUGGGAGAGUUGGAGGAAGCUUUCAACGUGUUCGAUGAAAACAAGGAUGGGUACAUAGACGCUGAAGAGUUGCGAAGGGUGUUGUGUUGUUUGGGUUCGGAGAAAGACAUUGUGCAGUGUCAGAAAAUGAUUAAUGUGGUUGAUCAAAAUGGAGAUGAACUAAUUGACCUCAACGAGUUUUUCAUGUUGAUGGAACAGAGUUUUGGUUGAAUCGUGUGUUAGUCUUGCAUUGCAGGUGAUGGUUUUUUUUUUUUUCUCUGUGGGGUCAUUAGCAUUUUCUUAGGCUUAAUGUUUUACGUCAUCGUUGUAUAUAAAAAAAAAAAUAUGUUCAAAACCUUUCCAUGUAUUAAGUUUGCUAUGUUAAUUCUGUAAUUUAUUUCAUGUUUUUAUCUAAUAAUGCAGUUAGUUACCUUACCAUAAGGCAUUUGUUAAUGCUAAAAAAAAACAAAUUAGAAAUGACAAAAUAAAUUAACGUUAUUAUGUGUA